AAAAAGUAAACCGUCCCGAUCUCCCAAUAUACAUUAAAGUGUAUUUGUACGUGACUAGACGUGUAUAGCUUUCUAGAAAAAUUAAGGAUGAAGAGUGUCGUUGUAUUGUGUUUGUUCGUUGUGUUGGCUAAGGUCAAUGCUGGCCCCACCGGCCAGUACACUGAUCGUUAUGACAACAUCAACAUUGACGAGAUCCUAGCCAACGAACGACUGUUCGUACCUUACGUGCAUUGCUUGCUCGACAAGGGCAGGUGUACACCUGAAGGAAAGGAGCUUAAAUCUCACAUAAAAGAAGCGUUAGAAAACAACUGUGCCCAAUGCACCCCGCCUCAGAGGACACGGUCCCGCCAGGUCAUCGGCCACCUCAUCAACCACGAGCCAACAUUCUGGAAAGAACUCUGUGAGAAAUACGAUCCUACCAACAAAUACACGCGUAAAUACGAGCAAGAAUUACGCAAAAUUGUCGCGUAAAGUAGAGUAAAAAUUACGCACAGUUGCCUUGAUAAGUAAUAAAUAUUUUUUGCUGCUACUUUCAGAUUUGCUAAUAGAUUACAAAGGGAAUCUCUUAGUUACAAUUGCUCAUAAUGUUUCUGAAUGUUAGUGGUCAAUUAAGGGCUCUGAGUGCAGCAGUUAAAACAUUAGUUUUAUACAUAUAAACAAUAGUUGUUGCUGUUAAUGUCUUUAUUAUAAUAUAACAACAAUAUUAAAUAAUUGUAGCCUGAUCAUGUAUUAACCGAGUAAAUAGAUUUGUAUCAAUUAUUACGUGCAAUACAAAUACAUAAUAUAAUUUUAUAACUUGUUAAAGCAAUGUCUGAUUACUAUUAAUCGAUUUAUAAAUAAAUAGAGUUUAUCUGAUUAUUACUAUAGUUAUUAUUUGUUAAAUUAUAACGACUAUAAUGCCGACCCAAAAAUAAAAACUGGAUCUAAAUAAA